UUCCUUUGUCAAAACUUUAGAAGCAGACAGAGAUUACUACAAGAGUGAAGCUCAAAAUUUGAGAAAGAUGAUCAGAAGUAGAUCUAAAAGCCCACGACGCCCAUCUCCAUCUUCUCGGGGUACAAACUGUGAUGUAGAGCUUCUGAAGACAACAAGAGACCGUGAAGAACUCAAAUGCAUGCUGGAAAAAUAUGAGCGUCAUUUGGCAGAAAUUCAGGGCAAUGUCAAGGUUCUCACAUCUGAGAGAGACAAGACCUUUCUUCUGUAUGAGCAGGCACAGGAAGAAAUUGCCCGACUUCGACGAGAAAUGAUGAAAAGCUGUAAGUCUCCUAAAUCAACAACAGCACAUGCUAUCCUCCGGCGGGUGGAGACUGAGAGAGAUGUGGCCUUCACUGACUUGCGAAGAAUGACUACAGAGCGAGAUAGUCUGAGGGAGAGGCUAAAGAUUGCCCAAGAGACAGCGUUUAAUGAGAAGGCUCACUUGGAACAAAGGAUAGAGGAGCUGGAGUGUACAGUCCAUAACCUUGAUGAUGAACGUAUGGAACAAAUGUCAAAUAUGACUUUGAUGAAGGAAACAAUAACCACUGUGGAAAAAGAAAUGAAAUCACUAGCAAGAAAGGCGAUGGAUACUGAAAGUGAACUUGGCAGACAAAAAGCAGAGAAUAAUUCUUUGAGACUUUUAUAUGAAAACACAGAGAAAGAUCUUUCUGAUACUCAGCGACACCUUGCUAAGAAAAAAUAUGAGCUACAGCUUACUCAGGAGAAAAUUAUGUGCUUGGAUGAAAAAAUUGAUAAUUUUACAAGACAAAGUAUUGCCCAGCGAGAAGAAAUCAGCAUUCUUGGUGCAACCCUCAAUGAUUUGGCUAAAGAAAAGGAAUGCCUGCAAGCAUGUUUGGAUAAAAAAUCUGAGAAUAUUGCAUCCCUUGGAGAGAGUUUGGCAAUGAAAGAAAAGACCAUUUCAGGCAUGAAGAAUAUCAUUGCUGAGAUGGAACAGGCAUCAAGACAGUCUACUGAGGCCCUCAUUAUGUGUGAACAAGACAUUUCCAGAAUGCGCCGGCAGUUGGAUGAGACAAAUGAUGAGCUGGCUCAAAUAGCCAGGGAGAGGGACAUCUUGGCUCAUGAGAAUGACAAUCUCCAAGAACAGUUUGCUAAAGCUAAACAAGAAAACCAGGCACUGUCUAAAAAAUUGAAUGAUACUCAUAAUGAACUUAGUGACAUUAAACAGAAAGUUCAAGACACUAAUCUGGAGGUUAAUAAACUGAAGAAUAUAUUAAAGUCUGAAGAAUCUGAGAACAGGCAAAUGAUGGACCAACUCCGAAAAGCCAAUGAAGAUGCUGAAAACUGGGAAAAUAAGGCCCGUCAAGCAGAGGCAGAUAACAAUACCCUCAAAUUAGAACUAAUCACUGCUGAGGCAGAGGGGAACAGAUUAAAAGAAAAAGUAGAUGCCCUCAAUAGAGAGGUCGAGCAGCACUUAAAUGCAGAACGGUCUUACAAGUCCCAGAUUGCUACUUUACAUAAGUCUGUUGUAAAGAUGGAAGAGGAGCUUCAGAAGGUUCAGUUUGAAAAAGUGUCUGCCCUUGCAGAUUUGUCUUCUACAAGGGAACUUUGCAUUAAACUUGACUCAAGCAAAGAACUUCUUAAUCGACAGCUGGUUGCUAAAGAUCAAGAGAUAGAAAUGAUGGAGAAUGAGUUGGAUUCUGCUCGUUCUGAAAUAGAACUCCUCAGGAGUCAGAUGACAAAUGAGAGAAUCUCCAUGCAGAAUCUAGAAGCUUUGCUGGUGGCCAAUAGAGACAAGGAAUAUCAGUCUCAGAUAGCACUUCAGGAAAAAGAAUCUGAAAUUCAGCUUCUCAAAGAGCACCUUUGUUUGGCAGAAAACAAAAUGGCCAUCCAGAGUAGGGACGUGGCCCAGUUCAGGAACGUCGUGACGCAGCUGGAAGCUGACUUGGACAUUACAAAGAGACAGCUAGGGACGGAGCGCUUUGAAAGGGAGAGAGCUGUGCAAGAACUCCGCCGCCAGAAUUACUCAAGUAAUGCUUAUCAUUUGAGUUCCACAAUAAAGCCAAAUACAAAAUGUCACUCACCAGAACGUACUCACCAUCGAUCUCCUGACCGAGGCCUAGAUCGAUCAUUAGAAGAGAAUCUUUGCUAUCGAGAUUUCUGA